AUGGCUGUCGCACCUCCUUUCAUCUACGACAAACCUUCCAGCUACACCUUCGAUGGGCCACAGAGUCGAGGGUUCAAUCCCAAAGCUGUCACAUAUGCAUCCUGGACUCCGAAGCAGACCAAAGUCAAGCAAGAUGGACCACUCAUUUCCUUUAACAGACAUCCUGAUUCUUAUCACCAAUCACCCUACGGCAACGUCAGCUAUAUCCCGGUCUCUCCGCAUACUAAAGGACGAGUGACUGCCGCAUGGAAGAGUCAAAGAGUGCUGCGAGCUUUUGCGCUUCUGGGAGCUCUAGGAGCUGUCUUCUGUAUUAUCGUCCUCAGGAAGACAAGCACUGGUGUGGGAUGGAUCAUAAGAGUUGGACCUGCCCUAGCUCUGGCACAUACAUUGUACGCCACCUACUUUCACUUCCGAGGCAUCAACAGCCGUUCGCCAGCUUCAUGCGCAAGCUAUCAGAUGUUUGCUGCUCUGAUCGAUGCUGGUCUGUUGCCCUUCUUUGCCAUAUCCUGCUACAUGGCCACCUUGGAUUUCACUUCGAAUGUCUAUGGUUGGGACACAUUGUUCAACGACAACGAUCAAGAUUAUAAGAUUAUACAGACUUUCAUGAUUCUCUGCGGCAUAGAGGGCUUCCUCCUGCUCUUGUCGCUAUUUGUGGACAUCUACCUGGCAGUCAUCUAUCGCAAAAUAAUACAUUUACCGCCAGACAUGAAUCCUCUGGAAGAAAAGGAUAAUUUGACCUCCAGACUGCGUCACAAACGCAACAAAUCUGACCUCUUAUUUGACAAGCACAUGAGCAAUUCUACAAUGGCUUCCGAACGCUUUUCCCAAAUGAUCCGACCUGAUAUCAACAGCAGAAGAGUACCAUUCAAGCAUACUCGUACAGACUCAGUGGAUAGAGACUCCUUUUCAUUCAAGAAGGAUUUCGUCGCUGAAUUCAAGGAUCCCUACAGCGUCCGAGCUUCUUUGCAAUCGGAACGUGACAAUGCUUCCCUUCCACGACCUUCAUCAGCACAUACACCAGCAACAAAUGCUCGUCCAGCAGGUGCAGGUCUCGACAACAAGUCCGCUCGUUCGUCUAGACUCGGCGUGCCUGCACCACGACCAAGCUCAUGGCUUUCUUCGACUCACUAUGAAGGAAUGCCUGCCGAAGUUAACGAUUACGAGAAUUUUUACCAGACUAUGUCGCCAGCCUCUCCCACGAAUGAUCACCAUGACUACAAUGCUCACCGUCUGACAACUCAAACGCCUGCUGUAGAACUGACGUCCCUUGCCUUGCCUCCAUACCCAGGUCAAGAACGUGAAGACGAUAUGCCGAGCCCUGAAAAUCUAAGCCUAGCACUUCCUCCGUCGUUUCCCUCGCAGAAGAAAAGAAGCCGCGAACCGCUUGGUAUGAACCCUCCGACUCCUGUCAACGACCACUUUGCCGAUGCAACCCUGGUUGUCAAACCGCUCUCUUUGCCUACACAAGGAACGCCUCCGCGACAAGCCUUGCAAGAGGCAGACGUCAACUCUAUCGCACAUUACGCUACACCAGCAUCUCGACCGGCAAGCUUUGUAGGCAGUGGCACAAAAGGACGUUUCUAUGGUGACUUACGUACUUCAAUGGGUGGAUCACCAACACGAGGAGGAUACAAUCACGAAGAGGAGGAGGAGGACGAUGUCACGCGUAGCAACACGGUCAAGAGUACAGAGAGUGGGAACUUUGAAGUAUAUGCGUCAGAAAGCGACGAAGAGUACGACCCGUAUCGUGCGCAAUACGGAGUUGUGCAACACGGUCCCGCAGUCGUUGUCGGCAACUCUUCACCUGGUCGAGAAUGGAACGGUCAGCGUCAGGUAUCGAACUCGACUGGUUAUGAUCUUCACAGUGGCUAUGCUGGACUUGAUCCAGAGUUUGGAAGAGGCAUGGCAACUCGAAGAAGAGAGGUUAGUGGGAAAAUUGCCGAGGAAGGAAGAGGUUUUGAAAUUUCUACUCAGCCGGUCGCAGUUCAGUCCAACAAACCCGGAGCUGCGGGAUGGGCGAGGUUCAAAGGGCUUUGA